AUGAAGUUCUCGAGGACAGCCAUCGCGGCCUGUGCUACCACAGCACUUGCCCUGCCACAGGAGAAGCGCCAGUCGGGCUGCUCUUCCGCCGUCACUCUCGACGCCUCGACCAACGUCUUCGCCAAGUACAAGCUCCAUGCCAACAAGUUCUACCGCGACGAGGUCAACAACGCCACCGCUGCUAUAAGCGACGCGAGCCUGAAGGCAGCUGCCGCCAAGGUCGCCGAUGUCGGCAGCUUCCUUUGGAUCGACUCCAUCGCGAACAUCGCAAAGGUCGAGCCCGCCAUCUCCGACGUGCCCUGCAGCAACAUCCUGGGCCUGGUGAUCUACGACCUGCCCGGGCGCGACUGCGCGGCCAAGGCGUCCAACGGCGAGCUGGCGGUGGGCCAGCUGUCCCGGUACAAGAGCGAGUACAUCGACCCGAUCGUCAAGAUCCUCAAGGCGCACUCCAACACGGCCUUCGCGCUCGUCAUCGAGCCCGACUCGCUGCCCAACCUGGUCACCAACUCGGACCUGACGACGUGCCAGCAGUCGGCCUCGGGCUACCGCGACGGCGUCGCCUACGCCAUCAAGCAGCUCAACCUGCCCAACGUCGUCAUGUACAUCGACGCCGGCCACGGCGGCUGGCUCGGCUGGAACGACAACCUCAGCCCGGGGGCCAAGGAGCUCGCCAACGCCUACAAGGCCGGCGGCAGCCCCAAGCAGUUCCGCGGCUUCGCCACCAACGUGGCCGGGUGGAACGCCUGGGACCAGUCGCCCGGCGAGUUCUCCAGCGCCCCUGACGCUCAGUACAACAAGUGCCAGAACGAGAAGAUCUAUGUCGACACCUUCGCGCCUCUCCUGAAGCAGAACGGCAUGCCCAACCACGCCAUUGUCGACACCGGCCGCAACGCCGUUACUGGCCUCCGCGCUGAGUGGGGUGACUGGUGCAACGUCAACGGCGCCGGCUUCGGCGUGCGACCGACGAGCAGCACGGGCGACGAGCUUGCCGACGCGUUUGUGUGGGUCAAGCCCGGUGGUGAGUCGGACGGCACCAGCGACACGAGCGCGACCCGGUACGACAGCUUCUGCGGACACUCGGAUGCCUACAAGCCUUCUCCCGAGGCUGGAACAUGGAACCAGGCCUACUUCGAGAUGCUGGUCAAGAACGCUAAGCCGGCUUUCUAA